AUGUGGAAGUAUCUGGUGGCUUUUGCGGGCCUCGUUAAUCCCUUUGUUCAAGGUACUCCCAGAGGGUAUAAUCGCAGAAGUCAGAGUGGUGACAUUCUCCCCUACCGCAAUUCCACACUCUGCAUCGAUGACCGCGUUGACGAUCUACUGUCUCGGAUGACCCUCGAAGAAAAGGCUGGUCAAAUGUACCAUGCCCGAACUUCGCUAGUCAAUAACACGUUUGAUGGGAAUAUUCAAUCAAACGUGACGGAUAAGCACAUCACCCACUACGUCUUCAGCGGCGGUGUUAAUGAUGCACAUGCUGUUGCCACAUGGUACAACCAACUGCAACAAUUAGCUCUUGAUUCUGGACUCGGCAUUCCCAUCACCAUCUCCUCCGACCCACAACACGGCUGGACUGAUGACACGGCAGUUUCAAACAUUGGUGCCUCGUUCUCACGCUGGACGGAGCCUUUGGGGAUUGCUGCCUUGCGUGAUCCUAAGCUUGCCCGUACGUUUGCCGAGAUAGCUCGCGAAGAGUAUGUAUCUGUGGGCAUCCGACAGGCACUGCAUCCUAUGAUCGACCUCAUGACAGAACCCCGAUGGGGCCGGUCAGGAGGCACCAUGGGUGAGGAUGCCAAUCUCACAAGCCUCCUGGUUGUCGAGUACAUCAAAGGGUUUCAGGGUGAUAAAAUCGGCCCUCAUUCUGUCAUCACAACCACAAAACACUUUCCCGGCGGCGGCCCAAUGCAAAAUGGCGAGGAUUCACAUUUCGAGUGGGGAAAGAAUCAAAUAUAUCCCGGCGACAAUUUUGAGCAUCACCUCAUCCCAUUUAAAGCUGCUAUUGCCGCAGGGACACGCCAAAUGAUGCCUUACUAUUCACGUCCUGUUGGCACCAAGUGGGAAGAAGUUGCAUUUGCUUUUAAUAAGGCACUCAUAUCUGGUCUCUUGAAGGAGGAAUUGGGUUUUGACGGAAUCGUCGUCACCGACUGGGGCAUUGUCACAACUCGAGCCUGGGGACUCGAAAACCAGACUGAAUUAGAGCGUACUCGUCGUGCGAUCGAGGCAGGCUGUGAUAUAUUUGGAGGCGAGACAAAGCCUGAACUGAUCGUCAAGUUGGUCAAUCAAGGAAGUCUAUCCGAAGCACGAAUCAAUACCUCUGUGCGCAAGUUGAUCAAGGAGAAGUUCGAGUUGGGACUUUUCGACAACCCCUUUGUCAACCCUGACGUGGCAGAGAGAGUGGUUGGCAACGAAUAUUUUAGCAGGCUGGGCAACGAGACGCAGCGCCGUGCUUUCACUCUCCUCACCAACCCAGAUGAUUUACUCCCUCUGCCUCUCUCUGCUCUCAAUGCAAGCUUUUACAUCGAGGGUAUUGAGCCAUCGAUUCUCAAGAGCCGGAAUCUCAAGGUUGUGGAUACUCCUCAGGAAGCUGACUAUGCUUUCCUUCGACUUGCCUCCCCCUUCAAACCUACAACCGCAUCAGGGCUGGCAGCCAGCAUUAAUAAUGGCUCAAUAGAGUUCAACGCCACUGAGAAAAGUCGCCAAGCAGAGAUCUAUUCUACGGUCCCGACAGUUGUGGAUAUAAAGUUCAAUCGUCCCGCCGCUGUACCUGAGAUUGCAGAUGCUGCUGCGGCUCUCUUAGGCAAUUAUGGGAGUAGCCACGAUGCAUUUCUUGACAUUGUAUUUGGUAUAGAUGGGUGGAAGCCUGAGGGUCUGUUGCCAUUCGACCUACCUCGAUCCAUGGCUGCUGUCGAGUCUUCGAAAGAAGAUGUACCAUUCGAUACAGAGGAUCCCCUAUUUAGCUUCGGUCAUGGGCUAGAAUACAAGCAAGCUUGUGGGCAGACACAAAAGAGAACAGGGUAA